AUGGGAGAGUCUUCCCAGCAGACAAUCCCUACUGUCAUAGAUCUCGUUACUUCAUCUGACGAUGAGACCUGCGACAAUGAGCAUUCGGAGAAUGAGAGUCUCGACGACAAGAGCUCCGACGACAUUAGUUCAGACAAUGACAGCCCAGACGAUUCUAGCUCUGACAGCGACAGCUCAGAUGACGGAGGCGCUGAAGAAGAACCCCAAGGCAACACUCUUGCUGAUGGCCUUGGACCGUCCCAGGAUGGUUCCAACAAGAAGGCCAACCAGACUAGUGCAAGCAGUGAUGAUGAUGGCCGCGGUGCUGCUCAUUCAAUCACGAUCUCCAUGGCCAAGGCAUCGAUCCAGAACGAUGGUAUCAAGAUAAGCCCUUUCGACUCGAGCAAGAAGCGAAAGGCGCCGGAGCAUGCGGCGGAAGGUGUUCACAAUGACCGCGCUGCCCCAACAGCAACCCACAACCAAGCCAAUAAGAGAGCCAAAUAUAGCCAACCAGGAGAACCACAGACUUCACUACAAAAUCGAACAUGUGCAAUCGCAACACUUCAGACACACACCCUGACGAUAAUUUCAUGGGUCAGGCGGGCGACUUUCCGCAGCUCCGAGUGCGUCUCAAUGGAGGAGCCCAGACUGCUCAUCCGCCGUCGGCCCCUCGACGUGGACUCGACACUGUACCGACCAACGACUGCAUAG